AUGGCUAAAAAUACCGGAGAUACAAAAUUUCGAAUGGUGAAUGUUGACCAGUUGACUGAACCAACAUUUCAGGAUGAACUAACGGAGGAUAUUAAACCGUCUAGGUUGAAUAUUUCUGAAAUCAAUAGUUUAAUCUCGAGUGGAAAGUCUACAGACGCUAUUUUGAACAUAUUACAAAAUGCACCAAUUAAUUCAAAAGAUCAACAAACUAAGGAUACAGUAUUUAAAUUGAUGAUGCGUCUGCUAUCACAAUUUAAAUCAAACCAAAAUAUUGAUGAAUUUCUGUCAACUAUGGAUCAAGAUAAAAUUGAUUUACUUAUGAAAUAUAUUUAUCGUGGAUUUGAACAACCACAAGAGAUAAGUUGUGCAACACUGUUGACGUGGCAUGAAAAGGUGUAUACUUACGGCAAAGCUGGUUCUAUUAUGCGUGUCCUUACUGAUCGUAAACGUGUUUAA